GCACUUGCUAACUAUUUUUGUCUUAUCUUUUUAUCAUCACGUGAAUUAAGAAACAAACCAUACCCCCUGCUGGGAAGGUAAAGCCAAAGAGCAAGUAUUAGUUUGAGGUUGAAGCAAGAAAUUACAGUCACAUGGAUGCAACCAUUGCUUUAAUGCUCAUAGAAGCUGUAUUGAUUUUGCUGGCUAUAGUAAUUUAUAAAGCUGUCAGAUUAAUCUCUCCACUUCAUACUAUCCGUCCUAUUUCUAUUCAUGAGAGUUCUAAAGAUGAUGUUGAUUCGAUUCCCAUGGUUUGCUCUCCUUCUAAUAUCAUUGUUGCUCCUCCUACAACCAAUUAUGACGUCUUUCUUAGCUUUAGAGGGAAAGACACUCAUGACAGUUUCUCAAGUUAUCUCUAUGAAGCACUUUGCGAUGCAAACCUUCAAACUUUUAUGGAUCACAAGCUCCACAAAGGAGACCAUAUCUCACCCGUUCUUUUGAAAACAAUAGAGGAAUCAGAGAUAUCUUUGAUUAUUUUCUCCAAAGAUUAUGCAUCUUCAACAUGUUGUAUGGACGAGCUUGUUCAUAUUAUGAGCUGUAGGGAUAAAUACCAAAGAGUUGUCAUCCCUAUUUUCUAUGACAUAGAUCCAUCAAAUGUUCGCAAACAAAAUGGAAGUUUUGGAGAUGGAUUUGCUAAGAUUAAGCAGAGAUUUAGCCACAACCAAGAAAAAGUGCAAAAUUGGACAAAUGCUUUGAUCCAAUCAACAAAUCUCUCUGGGUGGGAUUCAAAGAAUAUCAGGCCUGAAUCCAAACUUAUUAAGAAGAUUGUCAAAGAUAUUUUGAGCAAAUUGAAUGGCAAGUCGUCCUUUCAUUUUGAAGGAUUAGUUGGGAUUGAUCAUCAUAUUCAGAAGAUUGAAGAGCUAUUGGGUAAAGCUCGCAUUGUGGGAAUAUGGGGUAUGGGUGGUAUAGGUAAGAGUACUCUUGCUAGAGUUGUAUUCCACGUGUUGAAAGCACAGUUUGAAGCUUUCUCCUUUGUGGAAGAUGCUUCAACGCAGAAAAGUUCUUCUGAUACUUGA